AUCAAGUGACAUCUUCUCAAGAGUAAUGGGCACGAAGGAGUCGCAGCCGAAAAUCUUCAGGCCUUGGGAUAAUGAUACGCAAAAGGGUGGACAAAAAGUCGAGACAAAUAGUAAACAAGAGUUGCGAAUACCUCCGACGGAAUGGAGCGAAGCCUUCGAUAAGUACUGGGGCAUCGUUACGAUGGCGGAAGGCUUUCCACCUCACAUGUCAAAAUCGAAACAAAGGCCAAAACGUUUCAAAUGCCCAUAUUGCGAUGUUGCUUUCAGCAACAACGGCCAGUUGAAGGGUCACGUACGCAUCCACACGGGAGAGCGUCCUUUUAAAUGUGAAGAACCGGGUUGUGAGAAAUCCUUCACAAGAAACGAAGAGCUGACAAGGCACAGGAGGAUCCACACGGGCGUCCGUCCUUACCCUUGUGCACACUGCGGAAAGACUUUCGGGAGGAAGGACCAUCUGAAGAAACACACCAAAACCCAUUUCCCGCAAUACACCGAAAUCCCGUCACACUUUUUUGUCUACCCGUAUAUUUACGGUUAUUAAUGCAAUCUUCGAGUGAGAGGGGGCCUCGAGAGCACUUUUAAAAACCGAUUCAAGACAGGGUUAAAAUCAACUUUAGAUUCAUUAAACUAAGCUGGGGAAAAAAAUACAAAAAUACAAAAAAAUAACAAACAAACAAAAAAACCAUAAAAACUUUAAAAAUAUAAAAGUUAUACUUGUAAGGAAGUAUUCUAACAUCUUUGUAUUCACAUUUUUUGUACACAUUACAUGAAAUUUCUGAAAUCAUUGGCUAAAUUUAAAUAUUUCUUGAUGUCUCCAGAGCAAUAGUUAAGUGUCAUGCAAUAUUUAUAAAAACCAAACUUCGACACCGUAUAAUAAACCGGUCUGCAUAAAUAAAAGAUAUAUAAUGAUAAAAUGUAUUUUGCAAUAUAUUUCCACUUAAUGCUCAAAGGCUCUGUGAUAAGAUGUAAAUAAGAUUUAAAAUAUUAUAAUUGGAAAUAAAAUUUAAACUCCGUCCUUCUUAAAAAACAUUUUAAAAAACCAUAGGAAAACAUUCUAGUAUAUUAAAAAACCUUUAUUUAGCUUACAAUCUUUAAAUCAAACUGCCUUCUCUGUAAUUAAA